UUGGAGAAUCCGAAGAGGAAGAAUUAUUCACUAAUCAACUAAUGCUAAUACUAAUACUAAUUAGUAAUAAGCAAUAAGUCAGUAAUAGUACUAUCCUAUCUACUAUCUAAAUAUAUUAAUACACCAAUGACUAAUGACAACUUGGAGAAGUUGUUUUAUUUCUGAGCUUAUCUGCAUUUCUUUUCUUCUUCCUGUCUAAGUCUAAGGCGUCAAAUUCUAAGAUUCUAAUUACUAAUGUUUGAUUUUUAAUUAAUAUAUUUAUUCAAAUUGAUAGUAGUACUAUUAGUAGUAUAAGUACAAAUUAAAUAAUGUUAAAUAAUAGCAUUGACAGAAUAGGCAAAGGAUUCCUAUCCCUCUGUUCUGUCAGUGACAUUAUAUAAUGAUUGUUUAAAUCUAUAUUUAAAAUUUGGAAAUAAGCCGUGUUCAAAUUGGAGUGAACCUUAGACUUAGAGAAUUUUUUUAUUCAAUUCCUUUAACUUUGUCAUUGUUGUAGCUGAAUCUACGCUUCAUUGUAAUUUGUAACUUACAAUGUAAUCAUAUCUUAAAAAACACUUGUCCCUUUACAAUGAAAAUGUCAUCAUUACUCUACACUUACAGUGAUUACAGAUGUGUCAUCAAAUGAUGAAUUGAAAUAAAUUAACAAUCCUAAAAUUAAAAAUAGGAAAUCAUUUGGUUUAAAACUAUUUAUGAUUUUUCCCAUAAGUCCCAUAUUAUAGGGGUUUUUUUGGUGCUUUUUUUAAUUGAAAUAAUUGUUUAUAUCAAAUUAUCUAUCCCUAUAACUAUAAUAACUUAAAAGUUUUGUCAUCUUCUCAUCAUCCUAACAAUUAAAUAUUUAUAAAUGUUACAUGUUUGAUUAAGUAAAGUUAUUUUUAAAAAGUUUCAUUUUUUUUUAAAGUGUUUAUUUAAUUUAUCAAAUUAUUUUGCUUCAAACAAUUCCUGAGUAUUAAUAUCAUGAAAAAAAAAAGGAAAUGUCUUAGAAUGAGAUAAUCCUAAAACCGAGAUUUUAAUCUUCACUAAACAAGAAAUAAUUAUUCAUUAUUUAAACCAGUUCAUUGAACAUGAAGAUCCUAAUUUGCUAGAAUUGAAAAUUAGGCCUUUAUACUAAAGUUUUAGUUAGUAUAUGGCUGAGUUUAAUUUUUGCAGUUUUUUUUUUGUUAUUAAACAAAUUUACCAGAACUCACUUUCUUUUUUCAUUAUUUGAAAAUAAACUUCAUUAACUUAAAUUAAAUUCUGUGUUGAAAAAAAAAGGUGACAGAAUGUUGUUCUGGUGCAUUUUCUGACAAAAAAAGCACUCAUUUUUAUUAUAUGGAUUCAUUUUUACUCAUAUGAACAGAACCUGUGUGCUGGAGCCAGUUCAUUUUUGUUUGCAUGAACUGGUUGUUAUUUUAUCAAUAUUUUAACACAAAAUACACAAAUUAAAUUGAUGAUUUUUAACCAGUUUUUGCAUGUUCAGCAGCACAGAAGAGAGGGUUAUAAUUUUAAACCCCUCUGAUAAGUGUUAUGAUAUGCUUUGGUGUUUUUCCCCACCCCAAAGCUAGCUCAAAAUUAACUGCACCAUUGUGUAUAGCUAACAUUCUUUGUUGAGAGAACAAUUUAAAAUUACCAAUUAAUUAUAACUUGCUUCAAACCAUCUUGUUUUUUUGUGUGUAAAUUUACAACCAGACAAAUUGACUUUGUAGGUCAUCAGCUGAAAUUUUUUUUAAAUGAAUAAUUACAUAUUUUUUUACAGUUAAUAUUUUAAAUAUACUUGACAUCAAAUUUUCUUUUUAAAUGCACUCUCUCCUGCCCUCCUAACCCCUCCUUCUAAAAAAAAAAACACUACAUCUUAAAACAGCUUAACAUCAUACUAUAAUGUAUUUUAGGAGAUCUCUUUAGUGGUUAUCCAUCAACAUUUUAUGUUGGAGAAAAUAAAAAGCUUUUAACAUGGCUUACAAAGGUGACAUGGACACUGAAGAUUUGGAUCAACUAAUUCAUAGCUAUGGUAAGGAUUGCUUGAAAAGAAUGUAAAGUAUUAAAAGAAAUAAAAUCAAAAAGUUUAUAAGAAAAAUUAUAUACAGCUAUGGUAGAUGAUGAGCUAAGGGAAGUAACAGCAAUAUUCAUAGAAGCUUAAAGUUCAUGGCCCUGGAAAAAAGAAAUUGAAAGUAUAAUUUGGUGUCUCCUAUAACACCAAUGACUUCAAAACAAAGAGCAAUAAAAGAAAUUGGAAUACUUAUAUCAAUCAUCAUUUGGCAUACAUUGGGCAAUUAUAUAUAUUGUGUAAACUUAAUGAAGAAAAAAAUGCGGGCCAAAGGUUGAUAGAGAAUCACUACAUAGAUUAUCAUUUUGUGUAUUGAGAUAAGUUUUUAAUGGCCAAAGCUUUCAGUUGUUUUUUGUAUUUACAGAAUAUGAAAAUCAAAAUUUUGUUAAAAUGAUAGAGCAGGAAAAUCAGCUGAUAAAAGGUAAGAUGUAAACUCUUUUUUUUUUUGUUGCCUUGUUUUGUAAGGUUGUUUGCUUUACAUCCACCUAAUUUCUGUUAAUUUUGAAAAUGAUUAAAUUUUAUUGAAAAUGAGCUAUUUAUCAAGUGAUCUGUAAACAUAAUGAAAGGAAUUUUGUUUAUUUUAAAUUUAAUUUGAAAGCUUUUCAGCAAUAAUAUUUUUAAACCUUUUUUUUUACACUUAAACCCCUGAAAAGCCUUAGAAAGUCAAAUUGAAGAAUCUACUGAGGACACCAAAAGAAUGGAAACAGACAUAUCUCAUUUUGAAGAGGAAACUCAAAGACUGCUGAAGCAGUGCAACAUAAAUAAAGUCAAUAUUGAUAGGUAUGGUAUGACUGUUAUACUAAUAUAGAACACAAAUGAAGAUAAAAUAUAGAUUUUAAAAAUUAUAAUUUUGAUUGAUGAAAGUUUAUGUAAAUUUGAAUAUUUUUUAGCCAAAAGAAAACAAGGGGACUCAUGUGUGACCACGAGGCUGCUCUGUUGAAGAAGUUAGAGUCCUUUAAACUAGAAACGGCAGAAAAACAGUAAAUAUAAAUAAUAAUUAAUUUUAUUAACACGCAAUGUUUUCAAAUGUUGCUUUUUUUUUUUAAACCGUGCAAAUACAAGCUAUGUGCAGUUUGUGUAAAAAAAUUUUACAAGUUAUUUAAAUUUUUUUUUUACAAGUAAAAUUUAUGGACACAUAAAGGAGCCCAAAUUAUUAUCUUUUUUUUUUGUUGUAAUUUAUAUUGUUUUCAUCAUAUUGUUUUUUUUUACAUAAUUAUUUUUCAGAAAAUUUUACAAAGAAAAUAUUGUUAAGUAUUCAGAUAUAAGGGAUGAUCAUAUGAGAAAAUACAGAUGCUUUCCCAUGGCCAUUGAGUUAGAAAAUAAGAAGGCAGAAGUGUUGUCAGCUCAAGAGCUUGUUAGUCAAGCUGAAUCUACAAAAACUUCUUUAAAAGAAAUGGUAGCAGCCAAAGAAGGUAGAAUCAAGUUUAUGUUUAUUAAAUGGUAAUAUUAUAUUUCACUUUACUCACAAGUGGCUGGAUUUGCUUUAAUAUUUUGACGAUAAUGUGAUUUUUGAAAAAUACUUUUACCCUAUUACCAAGUUUUUGAAUGUACAGUAUUUUUCUUUUUCAAAAAUCAUAUCAGAAAUGUUUGUCUUGUGAAUCUUGUGUUGUUGUUUUUUUCUACAUUGCAGAUGAGUUAAAUAGUAAAGUGAUGUCCAGGAUCAUUGUAAAAAUGUAUCUUUAACAUCAGCAAAACAUCACUGGUAUGGUAAUUUAUGGAACAUCUCCAAUUUUUUAUAAGGUCAGACAAAAAUCAUUCUUUGCAGUAGUGAUAGGAGGGAAAUCAAUGCUGCUAAUAUGACUGCUUUUCAGAAAUAUUACUUAUCCUUAUGAAGUAUUUGAAUGAAUGAAAUAUAUAUAGAUACUAUUUUUUAAAAUUUUCUAUGUAGACAAUAAUGUCGUUUAAGACAAGCCUCUUCCAUUCCCAGUCCACCAGAUUAAUUUUGAAUAACUUAUUGUCUUGAAAUUUUAAAUAAUGUAUAUUCUAGUAUUCUAGUCCACUUGUUUACCUUAACUGUGACUAAAGAGCCAAGGCCAAACUUAGGACAUUUCAGCUGGAUAAAGAAAUCCAGGAAUGUUUACAUCAACGAGAUGCCUUACUGAAGCAGGUGGAAGAUGUGUCACAUAGUAAACUGUCAGUACAGACCAAUGUAUGUAGCCUAUUCCUUUUUAUAUUUUCUUAGCAGUCAAAUAUAUAUAUAAUAAUAAUAAUAACAAAGUUUAUUUUUUUAAAAUCACGCUUCAUCCCCAAAGGCUCGCAGUGUGGUACAAAGUGAACCAUAUUAAAAGAGAAAUGCAACAAUCUAUAUUACACCACAUUAAAACACAAAACGCAACACUACAAAAACUACCAACGAGCAUACCCAUUCAAAGUCUUUCAUCCCUUUCAACUAUAAACAACACAAGCCAAUAUACAUAUAUAAUAUGCCAUAUAAAUAUAUAUAUAUAUGUGUGUGUUUUGUGUGUUCUGAUUAUUCAUUUAUCUAUAAGUUAAGGAGUUUUAAAUAACCUAUACAUUAUAUAAAAAUUUUCCUCAGUGCUAAGACAUAAUCUGGUUUGGUGGUUUCCAUCUAUCCAUUAGUGCUCCCAUGCCACCCUGCAGACAUAUCUACUUAACACUACCUAUAAAACUUAUAUAUAUAAUACUUUGUUGGCUCUAUCAGUGAUAAAAAGUUAACAGUGAAACUGAGUUAUGUCAAGGUGUGACUUUGUCUCUCAGAAAUAACGUCAUGGUUGGCAGAACACACUAACCUGCAAGCAAAUAUGCUCUAAUUUUAUUCAAAUCUGAAAUUGCUCUCUCAAAAGUUAAGAAAUUCCUUUUGAAACAUUAUAUGUUCACUGCUGCGUUUCUGGAUAUUUAAAUAACUAUUACACAUUUUUUAAAAAUCAAUACCCUAUUUACUUUAUUAUUAUAGUGUUAAUUUGUUAAAUUAUCAAAAUAUUUUGAAUAUCAAUAUCAGCACAAAAUGUAUUGCUCCUUUUUUACUGUUCCUCAGCUGAUAGAGAAAAAUUAUGUUCUAAAACAGCCUUCAGCUUUUAUUAAAUGGCAUUCCCGUUAAAGUUGGGAGAAAGUUUACAAUUUAUUCAUUUAACACUGACCCUAAAGUUAUUUUAUUAAUUCACACUCCAUCCCUAUGUGCAUUUUUAGUUUUGAAAUUACAAUAGUUAAUGACAACAGGGUUGAAUAUUUUUGGAAUCCAAAUUGAUGCUGUUUUGAAAGCUGCUUACAGUUAUUAUACUUUUUUGAUAGAUUUCAACCUUUUAAGAUUUCAAUACAGUCCCAAGGUCUAUAAAAUAUAUGUGUUUUUCUUAAUAUAUCUUAUCAAAUUUAAUGUAUUAUUUUUUUUUAUCAGCUUGAUAUUAGGAUAAUGGGAAGUAACUGUUCAUUCAAUGUUUAUUCUUUUAGGAUUGUGUUCACCAAUACAGUGAAGAAAUCCCAAUGGAAACUGGUGAAGAAAGUUUAGCACCAAAAAACUCCAGAUCUCCUCCACAGUAA